ACUAAAUAAGAAGUUGUCCCAAAAAUAUGUUCACAUAUUCUGAUAUAGUACAUCUCUUUAUUCGUUUUUUUUUCACAAAAAAUUAUGUAAAAAGUAUAGCAGCAGAUUAUAUUAGAUUCAAUAAUUAAAUACUUUUUAUGUUUAGAUUAUGAUCAUUACCUCAAAUUCAUUUUAAUAUUUUAUUACAUGAAGGGAAACAAACAUUUACGUUAAUUUUUUAAUUUCUCAUUUUCUUCAUUAUUAAAUUUUUUAUUUACAGCGUGCAUAGCAUCUACAUUCCAAACACUAUUUAUUAACGAAUCUGCUUAAAAUUUUGUUAAAAGAAUUAUGUUACCUAAGUAUGUUUGGUUAUUACCAUUAUUUGCAUAUAUUUUAUUAUACUCAAAUGAUUAUUUCAAUGGCAUCAAAUUUAAUUUCUUGGACAAAUGGUUAAAUAUUAUUAAAAGUGUGUACUCUAGUCUUAAAAAAUCAAAUAUAAAGUUAAACAAAGAUACAAAUCAGAAAGUAUUUACAUCAACUGAGCUUAAGAAAUAUACAAAUUUGAAAAAUGGUUUAUACAUUUCAAUACUAGGUCAAAUUUUUGAUGUCACAAAAGGUGCAAAACAUUAUGGUCCUGGUGCAACUUAUCAUGUAUUCACUGGUCGUGAUGCAUCUUUAGCAUUUAUUACUGGAGAAUUUAAUGAUAAGGGCUUAACAGAUGACAUCUCCUCAUUAUCUAUACACCAAGUUAAAGCACUGAAUGAUUGGGUCCAAUUUUACAAUAAAAACUAUAUUUAUAAAGGAAAAUUAAAUGGUAGAUAUUAUAAUGAAGAUGGUUCCCCGACUGAGGAAUCUCAUAAUGUACAAAAAAUAUUAAUAAAUGCAAAGGAGAAACAAUUUGAAGAAGCACAUAAAAAGAAAAUGUUUCCUCCAUGUAACAUAGAAUGGAAGUCAGAUUCUGGAACUGUAGUAUGGUGUACUAAAAAGAGUGGAGGAAUAGAAAGAGAUUGGAUUGGUGUACCAAGAAUGUUAUUUGAAUCUCCAAAUUCUAAGGAAUAUAGAUGUGCUUGCACAAAACUUGAUAGUAAAGAAUAUGAAGAGACCAAAGGCAUGUUGAGAGAAUAUUCUCAAUGUCCAAAAUCUUCAACAAAAUGUGCCGUGAAAACAGAACACUAAUAAAGAAUAAAGACAUAUUAUAAAUUUUAAUGUUGACAUUUACAAUUAUAUAUAAAUAUUUAUUUAAUUUGAUUGUUUCUUACAUCUAUGAAACUAUUCUUUCUGAUUGAAACUAAUCAUUUUUAUAUCUUCUGUAGCAUUCUUACAAUUGUAAAUAAUUUGUAAUACAAAAUAUAGUAUAUUUAUCACGAAAAAUAUAAUAGUUAUUAUUUUUAUCGUUAAAAAACGAUUUUUUAAAAAUAAAUAUUCAUAUUAUCUUUAAAUAUA